GACGACGACGAGCUUUCGAAUCAGCAAUCGAAAACAGUCAGUCAAGUAUCAAUGGAGGCUACGACGACGGCGGCUCCAUUCUCCUCCUUUGUCACUUCAAGACAAAACCUUUCUUCUUCCCCUUGUUCGUUGCUUCUCUCCCGGAAGAAAGUUAAUCUCAAAUUCAAAUCUCCGAGAAGCCUCUCGGUUCGCGCAUCUUCUUCCACCUCCGAUUCUGUUGUGACUUUGCUUGACUACGGAGCUGGGAAUGUCCGUAGCAUCCGUAACGCUCUUCGUCACCUCGGUUUCACCAUCAAAGACGUUAAAACACCUGGUGACAUUCUCAAUGCUGAUCGCCUCAUCUUUCCCGGCGUUGGAGCUUUUGCACCUGCUAUGGAUGUACUUAACGAAACCGGGAUGGGAGAAGCUUUGUGCACAUAUCUUGAGAAUGACCGUCCCUUUCUAGGCAUAUGUCUUGGUCUACAACUGCUUUUCGACUCUAGUGAGGAGAAUGGACCAGUCAAAGGCCUUGGUGUGAUACCGGGAACAGUUGGACGGUUUGACUCUUCAGCUGGUAUAAGAGUACCUCACAUUGGCUGGAAUGCUUUGCAAGUUGGGAAGGAUUCUGAAAUUUUGGAUGAUGUUGGAAGUCGUCAUGUGUAUUUUGUUCAUUCUUAUAGGGCCAUUCCGUCAAAUGAAAACAAGGAUUGGAUUUCGUCUACCUGCCAUUACGGCGAAUCCUUUAUAUCUUCCAUAAGAAGAGGAAAUGUGCAUGCAGUACAAUUCCAUCCAGAGAAGAGCGGGGAGGUGGGGCUUUCUGUUUUAAGAAGGUUCUUGAAUCCAAAAUCACCCCCGAAACAGAAACCAAUGGAAGGGAAGGCUUCAAAGCUUGCGAAGAGGGUGAUUGCUUGUCUUGACGUGAGGACUAAUGAUAAAGGAGAUCUUGUAGUAACUAAAGGGGACCAAUAUGAUGUGAGAGAGCAAUCUAACGAAAACGAGGUUCGAAAUCUUGGAAAACCUGUGGAUUUAGCUAGGCAGUAUUACAAAGAUGGUGCAGAUGAGAUUAGCUUUUUAAACAUAACUGGAUUCCGCGAUUUUCCUCUAGGGGAUUUGCCGAUGAUUCAGGUUUUGAGGUAUACAUCAGAGAAUGUCUUUGUACCACUAACCGUUGGAGGUGGUAUUAGAGAUUUUACAGAUGCUACCGGCAGGUACUAUUCUAGCUUAGAAGUUGCUGCUGAGUAUUUCAGAUCCGGUGCUGAUAAGAUAUCCAUAGGAAGUGACGCUGUUUAUGCUGCUGAAGAGUUUAUCAAAUCAGGGGUGAAGACAGGAAAGAGUAGUUUAGAACAAAUAUCCAGAGUUUAUGGAAACCAGGCAGUGGUUGUAAGUAUUGAUCCUCGUAGAGUUUAUGUGAACCAUCCUGAUGAUGUGCCAUACAAAGUCAUUAAAGUAACUAACCCAGGUCCGAAUGGGGAAGAAUAUGCAUGGUACCAGUGCACGGUAAGUGGAGGGCGAGAAGGUCGGCCUAUUGGAGCGUAUGAGCUUGCAAAAGCGGUGGAAGAGUUAGGUGCUGGUGAAAUUCUACUGAACUGCAUAGACUGUGAUGGUCAAGGGAAAGGAUUUGACACCGACUUGGUGAAGCUCAUCUCUGAUUCUGUAGGCAUACCUGUAAUCGCAAGCAGUGGAGCAGGCACUCCUGAGCACUUUUCCGAGGUGUUUGAGACGACUAAUGCAUCUGCCGCGCUUGCUGCCGGCAUUUUCCACCGGAAAGAGGUACCAAUCCAGUCUGUGAAAGAGCACUUGCUAGAGAAGAGCAUAGAAGUCAGGAUGUAAGAAGUUCUGGUUUUACAGUAAAGCCCGUUUCGGCGCACGACUUCACGAGUUACCAUUAUUCGUGUCACGCUUCAAACAAGAAGAUUUGAUUCCUGUCUUCAAUAAGUUCUUAUACGAACAGAUUUAUGGAUCAAUGAUCAUUUGGCUGCAGGAAGUAGAUGAAUUGUGUGUUACUUUUUUUCUCUGGGAAUAAGAAAGCAUAUGUUUUC